UAUAUAGUUAUUGCCUGGUGAUGCACAAAAAGUUGAUAAACUAACGUUACGUGCUUGAACUUUAAGUCAAGUGAAUUUAGACAACCAAGGACGGACAUUUUACUGAUAAUAUGGGAAAUACAGAAGUUUGUAACAAGAUGCGCUAAACAGAUACCUCAAUCAACACCAAAGGACUGCCGACAGACAGCCUGGGACUCCUCAUCAUUAAAACAAGCUCCUGGGGGGAAAGUAUGGGAUCAAAACGGACCAUGUGACGUGGAUACAACCUGGAUACACUGAACUAAUUAAUGCUCAGUAGAUAUCAGCUUCCUGUGGGGUUUCACUGAUUCAAUGAAAAAUGUUUGAGCAUAAAAAGAGAAACUGAUGAUUUGCUCUUGACGCAACCGACGUGCGUGCACACACAUCAUUUCUAAUUAUGAAGAGUGUGCAACCCAGUGCCGAUCUGCCACCUGCCAGUGCACACAUCAUGUUGACGUACAACAGUCUCCCAGCUCGGCAACAGCGAACCAUGCCACGGAACAUGACUGGUGUUUAUUUAGGAAGUGAGGUACCUCCUAACUCACCUCGUACCUAUCACUCCGUGCCUCCUCUAGCCAAGCCUCGAGGUACACUGUUUAGACCAAGGACACCUAUAGAGAAACGAAGAAGGCAGCAACAGCGAGUGGAAGCUCUACGGAUCCGAGAAGAGCCAAGAGGAUUCCAACCACAGCCAAUCAGGAAAGCGAAACCACCAAAGUCCAGACAGGAUGAAGCCCAGCUGCAACUAAAUCCAAAUAAUAAUCCAUCGCCAGUUUUAAGGAAAUCUGUCCGAAAUUUUGUUGCUGCAUCUAACAGCGGGGUGACCCAUCUUGAAGAUUUGGGCCUUGAAGAGUUGAGUCUCCGCUCUUUGAGCACCGGCAGGGAAUCCAGCCUCGCUCCGUCCAUCAUUGAAGAUAUCCAAAAUGCAAACAAGAAGUUGGUGGGACUGGAGGAAUGUUACAGGAAAGUCUGUAAGGGGAAUCUAUCCAGUUUGCAGAGUCUUUUACCAGCAAGGAAAUCUGGAGGUCCAUCAAGCCUCAGAACAAAGACAGUAGCUACACCUUUGACAAUAAGGAGUUUUAGAAAUCCAAGGAGUCCCCAUUCAGUUGUGCAGUACAGUGACUUGAGGUCAAGGUCUACACUCGCAGGCUCUGCCAAGCCCCGUGUACCUGCACCUUACUACUACAAUAGUAAAUGCUUAGCCAAGACAUCCGAUGAUGGGGGAAGUAAAGUUAGGUUGACACGCUUACCAGCUCCUACACAGAGUACAGAGAGAGUACUAGCAGCACCAGGUGUAGGGGUAAUCAGCCAGUCUUCACUGAGUAGACGAGCAGCCAGUCUCCCCUCUGAUCCACCCCCAGGCAUAGAGGGCAUUCCUCCACCUACACGAGGCAGUAAUGCUAAGUUUGCUGACUCGGAAGAGAUCUACUCACAGCAGAAUGGUUUCAGAGUACCGAGUGGUACCCCAGCAACAUCCACAUCAGACCUACGCAAGAUUAACAGCUCAUCCAGUGGUGUUGGAGGAACUACCACGUUCUCAAGCAAAGACUCCACAACUUCCAAAAUCCAUCCGUCCACACCCCCAACGAGCCCAGCAAGAUCCCGCAAGUCAAACCUGACCGAGAAUGAGAACAACUCCCACAGUAUACCCACCGGUGAGUUAAAGAACGAAUCCACCAGACAAGAACUGUGUGGGGAUAAGAGUGAGAAGUCUUCAGAGAGCAGCUCCUUGUCUCAGGGGGAGAGGAUGCUGCCGUCGUCGAUUGCUAUCGUGGUAUCUGUUGAGGAUGACCAUGGUGAGAGUAGAGUUGUUGAUCUGGAGGAGGAAGUCUUAGAGGCUGAACUUGAAGCAGGUGUUGGCAAAGAUCCGGCUCAACAGUCUGAAUCAGAUCAACUUAUGCAAGAGUGGAAGGAGGCCUCGGAAAAGAAGCAAGCAGAGCUCCAGAAACUUCUCGAGGAGCACCAAGAAAUCAUCUCUCACAUCGAAGAGCUUGAGAAGAUCAAAGAAAACGACACAAACGCACCAAGUGAGGAGUCACAGUAAGAGUAUUCUUUAACCAUAUAUUUUUCGGUCUGUCUUUACUAAAAUGCACACAGUGUUACGUAUUCAUGGAAAGUGGAAUUUUUUUGGGGUCAGUUGAAUUUUAUUUAAAUUUUGGUUUCACCCAUAUACACUGAUGUGUGUUAGUACUGUAUACUC